GAAAGAAAAAAUACUAUACACCAAUAGAGUGAAGAAUCAAUUGAUUUGCUUGUCUGGUAAUUCAACUGGUUUCCUUGGCUGGGUAUAUGCUUCCCUGAAUCAGAAGCUCGGGGUCGAAUGUCGAUAGUCUCACUCUCCUAGUCUCUCUCCGCGUGGCCUACUCGAGCUAAGCAGAAUAAGAGACUUGCUGCUGUUAUUGUUCGUUCGAGCAGUAGUAGAGCAAUGAGAAAUCACAGACCGGCGUCGAGCAGCAACAAUCUCAACCGGCGGCCCACUAUUCUCUACCUGAUUUGCUCCGUCGCCUUCUUCUCUCUUCUCCUUUUCGCCAUCCAAUCCUCUUUAUUCGCAGGUAAUCAGAAAUUAGAUCUCCACACCCAACAUGAUGUUCGGGUUUUAUCGGAAUUUCAGUCUACUGUGAAGCAAUGCGUGGCAAACAGAGGGCUUGGUCUGACUGCACACAUUAUUGACCAUUGCAAUCUGACUCUUAAGUUCCCGGAAGGAACUAACAGCACCUGGUAUAAUGAGCAAUUUAAAAAGUUUGAAGCACUCGAAUACCCCUACAAUGUUUGUGAGGCACUUCUUUUGUGGGAGCAGUACCGGAACAUGACGACAGUAUUGACAAGGGAGUAUCUAGAUGUUCGGCCUAAAGGUUGGGAGGAGUAUGCACCACAAAGGAUCGCACAAUUGGGAACUAAGAAAUGCUACAAUAAGACACUUUGUGAGGAACAUCUUAAUGUGUUACUACCAGCAAAGCCACCUUUUCAUCCUCAGCAAUUUCGCACAUGUGCAGUUGUUGGAAAUUCAGGAGAUCUUUUGAAGACGGAGUUUGGAAAAGAGAUUGAUAGUCAUGAUGCUGUUAUAAGGGACAAUGAGGCUCCUGUUAAUGAGAAAUAUGCCAAGUAUGUUGGUAUGAAGAGGGAUUUUCGCCUUGUUGUAAGGGGUGCUGCUCGAAACAUGGUUGCCAUUCUAAAUGGGUCUGCUGAUGAGGUACUUAUAAUCAAAAGUGUUACGCACAAAGACUUUAAUGCAAUGAUCAAGAGUAUUACAAAUCCAGUUUACCUUUUCCAAGGUAUUGUGCUCCGCCGAGGUGCCAAAGGAACCGGAAUGAAAUCAGUAGAACUAGCACUAUCUAUGUGCGACAUUGUUGACAUAUAUGGUUUCACUGUUGAUCCUGGCUAUACUGAAUGGACACGUUACUUCUCUGCACCUAGGAAAGGGCACAAUCCACUUCAAGGAAGGGCAUACUACCAGCUCCUAGAGUGCCUUGGCGUUGUCCGAAUCCAUUCUCCCAUGAGAUCUAAGAGGAAGCAAGACUGGUCAGAUGUGCCAAGUCGGGAAAUGAUAGGCAGAGCUCAUGCAGCUGCCUUGAGAUUAAAGAGGGGUGAGGCUGGUGACUUGGGACAGUUUGGUAGUUGCAAGGUGUCGGGCAACGUGGACGCUGACAAAGUUGGUCCUGUCUCAGGCUCUCCAGACAUGAGUGAUAAAAGAAAGUUUUCAAAUUACAAUAAAUGGGAAGUCUUGCCUUUCAAGAGUCUGAGGAAGGAGGCGCAGGACCACUAUAUUCAAAUGGAAGGUGUUUCUCUUUACAAAAUGGAUGGCAAUAAGUUGGAUGACCUUGUAUGCGUGAGGCAUUCCUUAAAAUCAGAUGUUUAGCCAAGAAAUAUCCUGUGUUUGAUUCUUUAUGGACUUAAUUUGGAUGGUUUAGAGCAGACCGAGCCGUGUAUUCCUGGUUUCUCC